GUGGGAGAGGAAGAAGGAGGGGCCGCGACAGCGUGAGGAGGGGAGCUGGUGGCCGCGGCCGCAGCCUGAGCAUCCUGCUGCCGGCCGGGCCAUGAGGAGGUCCCAAUACCUGAAGCUGUAGAGAAUCUAGCACACCAUGGAAGAAAGGGAAAAUGUGAGUCGGAUACCUGAAUACCGCCCCAUCCACCAGGAGGGCCAUCUUGGUGCUGGAGACAGCAAUGUGUCAUCCGAGGAACCACAAGAAGCUCUUCAACUGAAAAAGGAGAUCUCUUUGUUAAAUGGGGUUAGCCUUGUCAUAGGCAAUAUGAUUGGAUCUGGGAUCUUUGUCUCUCCAAAGGGGGUCCUAGUCCACAGCGCCUCCUAUGGGCUGUCUCUCGUGGUGUGGGCCAUCGGGGGUAUCUUCUCUGUGAUUGGUGCCCUCUGUUAUGCCGAGCUGGGAACCACUAUCGCCAAGUCUGGAGCCAGCUACUCUUACAUUCUGGAAGCCUUUGGGGGCUUCAUCGCCUUUAUCCGGCUGUGGACCUCCCUGUUAAUCAUUGAGCCCACCAGCCAGGCUGUCAUUGCCAUCACCUUUGCUAACUACAUUAUCCAGCCUGUGUUUCCCUCUUGCGAACCACCAUAUAUAGCUUCUCGUCUGCUUGCUGCUGCUUGUAUAUGUCUGCUGACAUUUGUGAACUGUGCAUAUGUGAAGUGGGGAACGCGUGUGCAGGAUGUGUUCACCUAUGCCAAGGUUCUUGCUCUUAUUGCUAUCAUCGUCGCAGGCCUUAUAAAACUGUGCCAGGGACAUUCUGAGCACUUUCGGGAUUCAUUUCAGGGCGCUUACUGGGACAUGGGAAACCUCUCUCUCGCCCUGUAUUCUGCCCUCUUCUCUUACUCAGGUUGGGACACUCUUAAUUUUGUAACAGAGGAAAUCAAAAAUCCAGAAAGAAACUUGCCUUUGGCUAUUGGAAUUUCUAUGCCUAUUGUGACACUCAUCUAUAUCUUGACCAACGUGGCCUACUAUACAGUGUUGGAUAUCCAGGCCGUGCUGGGGAGUGAUGCUGUGGCUGUGACAUUUGCUGACAAGGUAUUUGGCAUAUUUAGUUGGACAAUUCCUAUUGCUGUUGCCUUUUCCUGCUUUGGGGGCCUCAAUGCAUCGAUCUUUGCUUCAUCAAGGUUGUUCUUUGUGGGCUCUCGAGAAGGUCAUCUCCCCUAUCUUCUUUCCAUGAUUCACAUUGAGCGCUUCACACCUGUUCCUGCUUUGCUCUUCAAUUGCACCAUGUCCAUCAUCUACCUCAUUGUGAAGGAUGUCUUCCUGCUUAUCAACUACUUUAGCUUCAGUUACUGGUUCUUUGUGGGUUUAUCAGUUGUAGGGCAGCUCUACCUCCGGAUCAAGGAGCCAGAGAGGCCUAGACCCCUCAAGCUGAGUCUGUUUUUCCCUAUUGUUUUCUGCAUCUGCUCUGUUUUCCUGUUGGUUGUACCCCUUUACAGCGACACUAUCAACUCCCUGAUUGGCAUUGGAAUCGCUUUUUCUGGGAUUCCUGUCUACUUUGUCGGCAUUUACUUGCCUGCAUCCAAGAAACCGCUUUUCAUUGGGAAGAUUCUGGCUGCCGUUACCAAGGCCACGCAAUUACUCUGCCGCUGCGUCCUGACUGAGCUGGACUUAGGGGAAGGCAGGAGACCUGAAACAAAAUCUGACUAGAGGCUAGAGGCUUCUUCCUCUAAGCUGGGAAAACCAGCUGCACUUGGGUCAGCCACAAGACCCAUGUGACUGCACAUCCAGGAAAUAGAACCUCCUGAGGCGGGGCUUGGGGGUGGGGAAGAUGGCUUGUAUCAUCUGGAGCUCAAUUUCCCCACUUGGCAGUCAUCUUCUGCAAUGAAAACUCCAAACCCCUUUGUGGACAUGGGACAGGCUUGGGAGAGAGUCUGUGGAAUGAUGGAAGAGAAAAAAAAAAUCAAUGGUGGGGAGACCAUAGUAGUAAGAAAAAAAAGUUUGUUGGGAUGGGGAGGGCAUGCUAGGAAAGAGAGAGAUGUUGAGCCUAGAAAGAGCAUGUAGCCUUCUCCCUCUGGAGUCAGACAGUAAUAAGCCAGAAUUCUGUAGGGAAAAUGGGUCAUAUCUUCAAUCUCUUUAAGUCAAAAAUUUGGAUUUCGUCAAAGGAAAGCUAUUAAAACCUAAAAUUCUUCCCUACUCCACCUUCUUUCUUCCUUUCCCCCACUGAGAAUUCUUGCCUCAGUUUUACUUCACCAAACACAGAGAUCAUUAAUGGUAAUCUAAGUCAAAUCCUUCAAUUAAUGAUCUCAGUUUUGGGGGCCUGAAGGCAGAAGUGGAAGGAAAGGAGGGAAUGUGGGCUGGGAAAGGAUUCUAAGUUUUAGAAGAAUUUUACUCUGACCAAAUCUGUACUUUUGAUUUAGGGGGAUGUAACCCAUUUCUUCUACAGGACUUACUUACUGCCUCUGGAGGUGGGGGGGUGGUAGAGGAGAGAGGGUAAUGUGCCUUUUAAAAUUGAGAUUAUUUGUCCAGAAUAAUUGGUCUCAAAUUGAAACAUCAGAGGCUGUGAUAGGCUGGAGUGUGUUUAUAAUUUCCCAGAUAUCACAGCUGAUUUACCUUAGCCUGGUUAGUUUCCUGCCGCAGGUGGAGACUUUUCCUCUUGAUAAGUCAGAAUUAGUCCAGCACUUUGCAUUGGUGGUAUUUCCAAUUGCUGUUGAGUAAAGGUUGACUGUAAAGUUUCUCACACUCCUCUACUUAUAACAUUUUUGUACACAUGGCAGGUGUGCAAUGUUCACAUGUACACAAGUGUGUAUGUUAUAAGCUCUGGCUAAUGUCUUAGCAGGGAAAAAAAGAUUAGCAAAUUCAUGAUUGAGGGUUCAUACUCCUUUAGUGAAGAGGAGUAAUUUUAUUCACUUACACAAGGCCUGUGUCUUCACUUUAGACAUUAGCACAUGAAAGUGUUGGUUGAUCCCAGGCCCUCAUUUGGAAACUUAAAAACAUUUAUUGCUAAUUGCUUUGACAACUUAUUGGAAACAAAUGUGUUUAACCCUGACAGUGAAACAUCUAAAUCAACCCUGAGUCAUGAAUGACCUAAUUCUUUUCUGAUAAAGACAGGAGUCAGAUUGUUUUUCACACACAUACACACAUCAUGUUGAUGUGUUAUGUGAUAGUGAUUUUAGUUUUCUGAAAACUUUAGUCUUGGAACUCCCACAGACAGCACUGGCAUUCUCACAUACUGGUCCCGUGGCCGGAUUGCCAGGAUUUAUAUACCUCACAAGCCCUAUUGCCUCAGUAUGUGUCCCCGUGUGGGAAGCACACUACCUUCCCUCCUUGCUUAUCCUGACUUUGAGAAGUUGGGCUACAGGAGGGCACUUUCCCUAAGUCUAGGUGGGCUGAGAUCUCUCAGGAGUAUGGUUUGGUUGCUUGGGGAAGGUUUUAGGUUUUUUUUUUUUUUUUUUGGAAAUGUGUGGGAAGAGAUGAAUCACUUUUGAGGGCAGCAAGGGCCCUUUGGUAAAAUCCUUCAGAACUCCUUCCCAAGCUUUAGAGCUAGGAGCCUGAGAUCUCCCUUCUCCUGUGCACCAGUUUCUUGGAUCCUGUCAUCUAAGCUUCUUGUUGAGAGCCUCAAAGCAGACGCUAAUGGGGCGUGGAGGAGAAAGGGAGAUAAGUUAGUCCUAGUGCACACGUUGGUCCCAAAGACUAGAGGCCUAGAUGACAGUAGUGGGUCUUUGCCCACCCGGUUUUCCUUCAUGUGCAACUUGGUUGCGUUUAGUCACAGUCCCGUCUACUGCUGGACAGAGUGUCCUGCCCUGCAGGCCGGGCAUGCUCCUCCCAGGGCCGGAGGCGACUGGCAGAAUAAUACCUCGCCUUUUAUGUUGGUCCUUGUCCUUUGGCCUCAAUACCAAUAAAGAAUGAAGAUGAGAAUGA